CAUACCAUACCAUACCAUACCAUACCAUACCAUACCAUACCAUACCAUACCAUACCAUACCAAAACAAACCGUGCCUCCAAGUUGAAUGUUAUGAAUGAUUCAGAAAUGAUAUCCGCCCUCAAUGGACAUUUUUCUCUGGAGCAUUCAAAUUUUGCAGAGAAGAACAGUAUUAUGCAGACAAAUAGAACUGUUGGUGCCUGGAAAACAGAAAUGAUGGAAUAUCUGAACAAAACUUUUCAUCGACGUAUCCCUCCUAACAGAUCUCAAAUGUUGGCUCUUGAGAAGUUUGGAUUGAACUUGACAAAUGAAGAUAAUGAAUUGAAUAAGUACAGUGGAUAUGUUUACGAUGCCGUCUGGUUGUACGCUAUAGCACUAGAUAACCUUAUCAAAGAGAAUAGAUCCUACGUGCAGAAUCUGCACUCUGAACGAUCUGUAAACCAGUUUGUUGAUAUCAUUAACAAAGUGGAUUUUAAAGGUGUAAGCGGAAGAAUAAAUUUUUUUGGACGUCAAUCCAGACUUUCUAAUAUUCGGAUAAUGCAGUGGUAUCCAGUACAGGUGAUGAAUGAAUUGACUAAACAGAAUUCUACUGUAUACAGUCAUAAGAUUGGAGAAUAUGAACCUAACUAUAAACCUUCAAACAUCAGCAGAGGGAAACUGAUUUUCUGGGAUGCAUCAGUUAUCAAAUGGCAGACUCAUGACGGUUCAAGACCAGAGGAUGAUGCUAAGGAUUGUGGAAUACUUUCCGGGUUUGCGACAAGUUUAGGGAUAGAGUGUACUCUUGCAAUCACAGUUGCAUUUAUCCUCUGCUUUAUUCUCAUCCUAUUCAUCCUAGCAACUGCAUUCAUUGCAUUCAAGCAGAGAUAUGAGCGGAAAAUGCACGCGGCAGAGGAAAGAAUGCGCGCAUUAGGACUUCUUACUCCGAUGUCACCUCUAAUGCUGGAUGAAUGGGAGAUACCACGAGAUCGAGUAGUUACCAACAGGAAACUAGGCGAGGGAGCUUUUGGUACAGUGUAUGGGGGAGAGGCGUAUUUUGAUGAGAAAGAAUGGUUAAAACUAUCUGGACUAUGGAGCCUGGCCUCUCUAAAAGAUAUUGCUAUGAGAAGUGAUGAAUUAGAUUCAAAUUAUCUUCACAAAGACAAUCUUUUACGAGUUGCUGUAGCUGUGAAGACCCUGAAGGUUGGCAGCUCAAUCGAGGAAAAAGUUGAUUUUCUCAGUGAGGCGGAAAUGAUGAAAAGAUUUGACCACAAGAAUGUUGUAAAGCUGCUGGGUGUAUGUACACGAAAUGAACCUGUUUACACGGUGAUGGAGUACAUGUUGUACGGGGACCUCAAGACCUACCUCCUAGCCCGUAGGCAUCUUGUUAACGAGAGGAAUAGGGAGGAAAUGGACGAGGUUUCGAACAGAACUGUAAAGUUGGCUGAUUUUGGAAUGACUAGAGCAAUGUUUGAACAUGAUUAUUAUAAAUUCAGUAGAAGAGGAAUGUUGCCCGUAAGGUGGAUGUCUCCUGAAAGUUUAGCGGAUGGAAUGUUUACUCCAAUGUCAGAUAUUUGGAGUUACGGAGUUCUUCUCUACGAGAUAAUUACUUUUGGAAGCUUUCCUUUUCAGGGUCUUUCGAACAACCAAGUUCUGGAGCAGGUUAAAUCUGGCAGUACACUAAAUAUUCCCUCAGGAAUUAAACAACAACUGGGAAGCCUGUUAUCUAGUUGCUGGAACUCCACACCAACAAAGAGACCAACUGCGGGAGAAAUAGUGGAGUUACUUUCAAACAAUCCUCGACUCAUCAGUCCCUGCAUUGAUGUUCCUUUAGCUUCAGUUCAAAUUGAGAGAACAGACUCUUUAGAGAUGGUUCCAGGAGUCAGAGGUUCUAAGACUGGAAGAGAUCGAGAAGACCAGAAUAGUACAUCCUACUCCCCUAUGAAUAAUACUUUAGAUGGGAUGUUCAAUACAAUCCUCAGACAUGAAACACUUCCACUUAUACCUGGAGAUAGGUUCAGAGAUAUUUCAGGUCCGAAUGAUGUUGGCAGGAGUAGUUAUCAACCCCCCGGGUACAUUGUACUAGAUCAUAGAACCAACACUGUGGAAUACUCAGAAUACAAUCCACCGAAUAUGUCCUCCUUAUAAAACUAGGAGUGUACAAUCAAUCAAAUAUUUACUCCUUAUAAAUCUAGGAAAUACAAACAACCCGACAUGUACUCCUUAUAAACCUCGGAGUCCACCUAACAUUUGAUAAAACUCGGAGAACAAUUCGAAUAUGUACUCCUUAUUUAAUUCCAAAUACAAUCCACAAAUGUACUCCAUAUAAAACUAAGAGUACAAUUCAUUAAAUAUGUACUCCUUAUAAAACUCGAAGUACAAUCUAGACAUGUACUUUAUAAUAAACUCGAAUUACAUUUUAAAAAUGUAUUCCUAAUGAAACUCGGAGUAUAAUCUAAGAAUGUACUCCUAAUGAAACUCGAAGUAUAAUCUAAGAAUGUAUACUCCUAAUGAAACUCGAAGUAUAAUCUAAGAAUGUACUCCUAAUGAAACUCGAAGUAUAAUCUAAGAAUGUACUCCUUAUGAAACUCGAAGUAAAAUCUAAGAAUGUACUCCUAAUGAAACUCGGAGUAUAAUCUAAGAAUGUACUCCUUCUGAAACUCGGAGUAUAAUCUAAGAAUGUACUCCUAAUGAAACUGGAAGUACAAAAUCAAAUGUACUCCUGAUGAAACUCGAAGUACAAUAUGAAAAACAUACCCUCCUUCAACUGACUGAAGUGCACGGCGUGGCGUUGCCCGUGAAAUAAUACAAAAUCGAACCCAUGGGUUCCCAUAAAAAAUUGCAGCCAAAUUCGUUCAGCCGUUUGGCAAGCUUGAGCUAACAUAUAUAUAUAUACAUAUGAGCGAAGACCUUUAUUUUAUAGAUAAUGCAUGUUUUGGGAAAAAGAUUAUAUGUCCACUUUUUAGAUAAUUAAUUGUCUUAUUUGUGGUUCCUUCAACUUAAACAAAAUUGUAAAAAAAGUUUUUAAAAAAUUAGAAUAGUGGAUAACUUUCAAUGCAAGGAAAAUAUCUCUCAUGAGUUCGAAUCAAGCAAAUUGUCAGAAUAUGAUGUAAAGAAAAGGAUUGUUUGUAAAAUGUUUAUUUUGAAUAAUUUGUACUUCCUUCAGGCGAUCAAAAAAUGAAGUGAAUACAUUGCUGUUCUACAAAGUUCAUAAAAUGUCUUAACUUGUUACAACACUUUUUUACUUUUUUUUAUUCUGUUUUAUAUUCUUAUAUUUCAUAUGAGCUAAGUUUCA